AUGUAUGUGUAUAACUCCGUUAUUAAAGAAAUGCUACAUCCUGAAAUCGUGAAUGAAGAAAAUAUGAAGACCGUUUUUAAUAGAACAUUUACUUUGGUAUCAGAGUUAAUUAGUGAAAUUUUGAACGAUAAAAUGCCAAAUUUUACAAUAAACUCACCAGAUGAGACAUCUUAUAUUGAUGUCAACAAAAGUAAUAUCAAAAUUGAUAUGAAUGAUGAAACGAGGCUUUUAUUAUCUCAACAUAUAAAACAGCUUCAGGAAUUUCGACAGAACCAACAAAUUGGGUAUCAAUUUUCCACUCAACAGAAACACGAAGAACCACAAUGUAGAAUGCAGCAAUCUAACAACAGAUAUCCGCAAGUUCAAAGCGUAGGAACGUACAACACGAACAACUGGCCUAGGGGUCAUAACCCAGAGGCUGCAAAUGUACAAGUCCCUACACUGCAACAAAUGACACAUAAUCAGAGUCAAGUCAUUGGAGUUUUGGAAGCUGUUCCCCACCCAAAAGGUCAAACCAGGCGCUCGUAUUCCCUUGGAGACUCAGGUAGCUAUAAAAAAUAUAAUAAUCAACGACAACAUCCGUAUCGCAAUCAAAAUCAUGAUAUAAAUAGGGCUCCAGGCACUCAGGGUCAAUAUGAUUUCAACAGCAAUGUGAUGGCGUUACAUCAACAACAACAACAACAACGCCUUCAACAGAAUGCUAUACUGGUGCAACAAAAUAAUAACUGGCAACCAGAAGCCGCUGGCCACAAGCAGUAUAUACCACAUAGUUUUUAA